UAAGUUUGAGCCUAGCCAUGGAAAUCUCCUUCAGUACUUUUUUUAUCACAUUUCCUAGAUUAUUUGUACAUUUUCUUACGCCUGUCCAAUGUUUCGACACGCUCUCUGAUGGUAAGUCUCGUAAGUUCAUAAUUGCGUAGUUGCGACUUUCUAUCCAUGGUUAGUGGUUCUCAGUAUUCCUCGUUUAAUCCCGUAAUGCCGUCAGAAAUUAUAUGCCCAAUACAUCCUUAUCUGUGGGGUCCCCCAUUAUCUCGCCUCCUCCCGACGUGCGUCUGUGGCGGGGCGGGGGCGUCAAGCGUGAUAACGUUCCAAGAAGCCGCUGAUAUAUACAUUCAAGAGACGCAUCCAGACCCUCAGUUAUGCCCAGAACACGCGUCGGUCAACACCUCGACCUGAGCUCACACCCUCAAGUUAUCAGUGUGUGGUGUGGUGUGACGUGGUGUUUGGUGUUAGCUUCCCCUCAAGGACGUGCGGGUAACCGAGUCUCACCUUCACCGUGGACUGCAGGAGGAAAAAAAGACUGGUGGUAGCGGCUCGAGGCACACACACGCACACGCAGGCAGUUUUGGAUACGUUCCCUGCCACCACGCACGCAACCCUUCCCCCCACGCCCCCACACGCCCCGUCCUGCAUCCGUCACCAAGGGGACUGACCGAGUGAUUGAGAGGUCUCGCGUUUCCUCGCCCGCUGAUAAGGACACAAGACGCGAGAGAGAGGGGAGAAGAGAAGGGAGAAGGGAGGCGAGAGGGGAGAAGGAACAGUGGUGGUGAUUGAGCCAUAACUGCUAGAUAGACCAUCCCCACUACUACUACUACUACUACUACUACUACUACUUCACCAUCCUCCUAACGGGUACCAAGGAAUCACAAUGUGGGCCGCGGCAAAACACACCCGGCCCCUCCACCACCACCACCACCACCACUCCUGCCGCCUUCCCCUCCCACACCUCCUCCGCCUCCCUCUCUCUCGCCACGGGACCUGUAAUGCCUAAAAAACUGACAUACCUCGCUGUUUGCCUGCUGGUCCUGCUGAAUGUGGUGUCAACUAUGGGAGGAAGCAACGACGACUACAAGUAUUACUACUCAACGCUCCCGAGCAACUCCUCUCUGUGUCUCUCCUUUAAGAACAACCGGUUGACAGACUGUUGCAAGCAGGAUGACAUGCAACGAAUCUACAUCCACAAGACGUCACCCGAGACGGGGUUCUUCCAUAUAAAGGACUACAAGAAGGUGCUUUGCUACGACAUGAAGAAGAAUAGGUUCAAGCUGAAGAAAAGAAGAAAAUUAAGAGUGUGCCUACGCCGGCACCAGAGGAAGAGAGAGGGUUCCCGACGGCGGAGAGGGUUCGAACAGGACUGCAAGCUGAGCGACCUGGACAUAGUAAAACUGAGGAGACAGGGAUGCGAGCUGUACGAAUCCCUGGCCUUCAGUGACACCUACAUAUCUUUCCUCAAGAACUCCCGCUACUUGGGCCUGCGGAAAGGUCGCGUGCAGAGACACAAGAUCUUGAGGGACAACACGGUACUGGAGCCGAAGACUAAUGGCCAGAAGUUCCUAGCCAUAAGUGAAAGUUCGAUGCACAAAAUCACCAGCCACAUUAUGUGCCGGGCCUGAGGACAGCGGCGAGGCGGCGCGCGUCGCGGUUCAUGAAGGUCCACGGUGCCCAGUGUUUGGCAUCAGUGUGGCAAUGACUAAAUCCUUGGGUGUCUCAGGGUAUCGCCUUGUGUCUAUGGGUGUCCCUAGUGUCCUUGGGUGCUGUGGCAAACGAAGAAGUUACCCUGAACAAUUACGAAGGCUUCUGGGAGCUUUGUGGGACAACCAAGCAGUUUGUGACCCCCGGACGACAGCGAGACAAAUCAAGCCAGUGUGAAUCAUUGUGCUGCAGCUCCUUCCUCGCCUGACCUGACCUGGAGGAGGGGCAGGAAGAAGAGGAGGAGGAGGAGGAGGAGGAGGAGGAGGAGGAGGAAAAAAAAAGAGGACUGUAAGGAGAGGACAAGAAGAUUGGUAGAAAAAGGAGGAGGAGGAGCCACGCGUGACCUGAGGAAUGCCAAGUGACCUGACGGAGUGCAAGAAUGGCUGGGGAGCAACGCGGGGGAGAAAUAACUGGCAUGAGACGGCAAUGAAGGAAGGGAAUGAGAGGAAGGGAUUGGGCUGGAGAAGAUGGAGGAAGUAGAAAUGAAAACAACAACAACGAGGAGGUGGUGGAGAAAUGAGAAGAGAAAUUAAGUGGAGUGAAUGUGUGUUAUGUCGGUGGAAGGUGGUGUGAAAUCUAUAUGCAACCUCCCCCCCCCCCGCCCCCCAGCCAUUCAAUCCAGCAAAUAAACAAGAAGGCAAAGGAUAACAGGAUAGAAGGCAGAGGAGGAGGAGGAGGAGGAGAGGCAGCAAGGAAGCACAUUCAGUGACCAACCUCAGUUAGAGAUCUGAAAGCGAGAUGGUGUCAUGUAUAAACCUUGUGUGCUAGUCCUUAGACACUUAGCGUUAACGAAUAGGACUAGACAGCGUGUGUGUGUGCGUGUGUGUGUGUGUGUGUGUGUGUACAUAACCGCCCGAGCAGAUGAGAUGUUCGUUUUCUCUCUCUAUGUUGAGGGGGGUCGGGGGGGGUCAACACAAUUCGCCCCCUCCCCCCCCUUCAGUCUGUAUUAUAUUAUUUUACUAAUGAUUAUCAGUGUCAUCAUUAUUAUUAUUAUUAUUAUUAUUAUUAUUAUUAUUAUUAUUAUUAUUAUUAUUAUUAUUAUUAUUAUUAUUACUACUACUACUACUUUUUACGGAUGCUGCGAGUUAUUUUCUCUGUUUAUGCAUUUUUUUUAAGGAACGUGUAAAGCAAAGCCAAAGUCAUUAGCAGUAGUCGCUCCACACACACACACACACACACACACACACACACACACACACACACACACACACACACACACACACACACACACACACACACACAGACACACA